CGCAGGCGGCACACAGAGCUACGUACUCCGGAAAGAGUACGGAUUUUCGGAGACGUGAUCAUCUAGAAAUACUGCACUUUCUAAAACAUUACCAAGAAAUCCCAAGAAAAAUCGCCAUGUUUGAGGAGAAUAAUAACCCCACCACCGAUACUUCGCUGUGGACACUUCAGGGGCGGCAGAGACCGAGUCCCGCCCAGAGGUUGCACAACCUCACCUCCGCCGGCUCAGGGAGCUCAUCCUCCGGCCUGCCGAUGCCGCAGAAUAUCUUCACGAAUCCCGCUAUCCAGCCGUCCAGCGUUAUCAACCUGAACCACUCCACCGACGUGGUCAUCGGUCCCAUGACCCAAUACCAGGGACCGGUAUCCAUAUACUAUAUGGACUACAUGGAGGCGCACGCCAUGCAAACGGCCGCAGGAAUCAACAGCAACAAUGCCAAUGGCAACGGCAACGCCAACCGAAGUCGCGAUAAGUCGCCAUCAAGACGGGUAACCCGCAACACCAUCCUGCUGAUCACGCUGAUCCUGUUGGUCCUGGCCACCGCAUUGGUCGUGCUCUACGUGGAACUCAAUCGACCCAAGCCCGAGUUGCCGAGCAACAAAGCCAUCUACUUUGGCAACAACUACGACCACCACACGUUUCCGAAUCUAGGAAACGGCCAUCUCGUCGUCGACCGGAAGCAGUGGGGUGCCUCUGAGACCACUAAGGCUCUGACCAUUCCGCUGAGGCGACCCAUUCCCUACGUCCUCAUCACCCACAUCGGAGUGCAGUCGCAGCCCUGCGAGAACAUCUACAAGUGCUCCAUCAAGAUGCGCACCAUCCAGGACUCGGCCAUCGCUGAGAAGGGGCUGCCGGACAUCCAAUCCAAUUUCUAUGUUUCGGAGGAGGGCAACGUCUACGUGGGCCGCGGCUGGGACUGGGCCAACACGUAUGCGAACCAGACAUUGGCCAUUACCUUUAUGGGCGACUAUGGCCGCUACAAGCCCAGUGCCAAGCAGCUGGAAGGUGUCCAAUUCCUGCUGGCCCAUGCCGUGGCCAACAGGAAUGUUGAGGUGGACUACAAGCUGGUGGCGCAAAAUCAGACCAAAACGACGAGGAGCCCGGGGGCAUAUGUGUAUCAAGAAAUCCGGAACUGGCCGCACUUCUACGGCUGCGGAAUGGACGGGGCACCGGCGUGUGGCAUCGAGCUGGGCAUGAAAACGGAACCGUGGGAUGCCAAGCAGUAGCUACAGACUUUGUUCUACCACCUAAGUGAAUCCAAACACAAACUGUAUUUAAUACAUAUACUACUAAGGCGAA